GAGCUCGCUCCGUUUACCAACCUGACACUUGGAGUUCAUGUGUGCUGAUGGUGAACAGCUACUGCUGCGGUGACGGGCGGAGGGGAAGAGGCCGCAGGAAGGAGUCGGCAGUAGCAGGGGCGCGAUAGUUCUGAAUUAGUCUUAUAGAAUUAAUAAUUUUACAUUUAUUCUCGGAUCUCAACAACCCCAAGAAGGGAAAGGGAAGGGGCAGUAAGGAAAGAUGGCGGCCGCGGCCUCGCCGGGCUCCGGCUCGUCCGCCUCCUCAGACUGGAUUGUGCUGAGAGACGGCUGCCUGCGUUGCGACGAGGAGGGCCUGCGAAGCCUUUCCUACCACCCGGCCCUCAACGCUAUCUUGGCUGUUACCAGCCGCGGCAGCAUUAAAGUCAUUGACGGCACGUCAGGGGCCGUUCUCCAGUCUUCUGCGUUACACGCUAAACCUGGUGGUCGUGUCAGGUGUCAGUACUUCCCCGCUGUGGACAAGGUGCUUUUUGUGGAUGACUAUGCAGUGGGAUGCAGGAAGGACCUGAAUGGCAUCCUCCUCCUGGACACAGCUCUCCAGCCUCCAGUAUCCAAGCCUGAAGAUAUGGUUCAGUUGGAGCUUCCUGUCACAGAGGCCCAGCAGAUGCUGUCAGCCUGUCAGGAAAAGAUUGAUGUUUCCAGCACCGAAGGCUAUGAACUCUUCAUCACCCAGCUUAAAGAAGGCCUAAAGAAUACCUCACAUGAGACGGCAGCCAAUCAUAAAGUAGCCAAGUGGGCAACAGUGACUCUGAAUCUUUCACAUCAUGUGCUAAAGCUGGUGGCCAGUGCCAUUGUCACAGAGCUGAAAAAGAUCAACCAGAAUGUAGCUGCCUUAUCUGUGGCUUCAUCUGUCAUGGACAGGCUCUCCUACCUCUUGUCAAGCGCCAGGCCAGAGCUUGGGGUUGGUCCUGGGCGGUCUGUUGAUAGAUCAUUGAUGUACAGUGAAGCCAACAGGAGGGAGACGUUUACAUCCUGGCCCCAUGCUGGCUACAGGUGGGCUCAGCCAGACCCAAUGGCGCAAGCAGGAUUUUACCAUCAGCCAGCAUCAACGGGCGACGACAGAGCAAUGUGUUUCACCUGCAGUGUCUGUCUCGUCUGCUGGGAACCCACAGAUGAGCCGUGGUCUGAACAUGAGCGACAUUCUCCCAACUGCCCCUUUGUGAAAGGUGAGCACACUCAAAAUGUGCCCCUGUCAGUGACGCUAGCAACAAGCCCUGCACAGUUUCCCAACAGCCCUGACAGUUCGGACAAGAUUGCCUGCUAUGGGUUCGGCAGCUGCCCACAGUUCCUGGCUGCAGCUACCAAGAGGGGCAAGAUUUGCAUUUGGGAUGUCUCCAAAAUCAUGAAGGUGCACUUAAAGUUUGAUAUCAACCCAUAUGACCCGGCCAUUCUGAGGCAGUUGAUCUUGUGUGGUGGUGAGCAGAGCCAGCAAACGCUGCCUGAGUCCCGGAGACCAACUCUGGCUUGGCUUGAGGAAUCCUCCUGUUGUGAUCUGCCCAAGCUAGAGGGGGACAGUGAUGACCAGCUGGAGGAUUCAGACAGUGAUGAACAUUCCCAGUCAGAAUCAGUAACAGGCCAGCAGUCGCAAUGGGAAAGUAUGGAUGUGAACCUCGGGGUUACUGCGCUGAGUCUAUUGCAGCAGCCAGAGAAGUUGCAGUGGGAGGUUGUUGCAAGUGUUCUCGAGGACACAGUAAAAGACUUAGAAGAACUGGGUGCCAACCCCUCACUAACUCAAGCAAACGCUCACAUCCAGGCCAAAGCAAAGGACAAGGUCCAUGACUACCACAACAUUCCCUUCCCCUGCCUGUUGGCUGGAGGACUGCUCAGUUUCCGCUCAACGUCCAGCACCCCCAUGGCUGGACCCACACCCACAACUUCAGCACGCAGGACCACAGAUGGUCCCAUUAGGACUCAAGCCUCUGAACCCUUCCACUCUGGGCCUCUUCAGGACCAGGGACCCAUGGAAAUAGAGACCUGCAACCACCAAACUGGAGCGCAGGAACUGUGUUUUUCUAACCUAGCAGGUUCACAACCUCCAAGUCCUUCUUUAUCAGCCACACGCAGGACUAUUCCCGUGCUGCUGCUGUACAGUAUCAAAGAAGUAGAUGACAAAUCCUCAGGGCAGGUGUUUGCUCAAAUGAACAAUCUAAUGAAUAAGGGCAUCCAUGAGGAGGGCUUCACUGUGCCACAGAUCAUAGAAAUGGAGUUUGACACACACGAGCAGCUUCUCCUUCAGGAUCCACCCAUCACUUACAUUCAGCAGUUUGCUGAUGCAGCGACCAAUCUAGCUGGUUUAGAUGGCCAUGUGGACAAAUGGAACACUCUGGCUGCAGCGACUGUCUGUACACCACCUCGGCCUGGGACACUGGUGCAAUGUGUGAGGCUGCCAAAGCAACUUGAAGAAGAGAAUCUUUAUGUGGAUUCUAUCACUCCGUGUUGGGAUGGUGUGCACCUUCUGGUAGGGCUGCAGCCAUGUGGUGCUGAAUCUUUAAGCGCCAUAAACCAGGUAGAGGCUCUCAACAACCUCAACCGCUUGCAUUCUGCCCUCUGCAGCCAGCGUACAGGUGACCUCCUACAUCCAAUGGCCAAUGGGGUGGAAAUCCACCACACGGGUGCUUCACCACCCCAGACACCCCUCAUCCUGCCCCCAGGUGAACAGCAGGAGCAGCAGAGAUCUCUGGGUACUGGAAGUGGAGGGGGUUAUCUUGCACUGUACAAGCUCAACUAUUCUACUCGAAUCGUCACUCUGGACGAGGAACCCAUCAAGGUGCAGCAGCUCUGGGAUCCAAGUGACACCAUCACUUCUUUAAUAUUGCUUCCUCCUGAUGUACUUGAUAGCAGGGAGGACGACAGUGAGGAAGCUUCUGAAGAAGCUCUUCCUUCUGGUCUAAAAACUAGUUUGUCUGGGUUUGGAACAGGCACAGUAGGUUCUGCUGGCUCUGGAACUGGGACUGCAUAUGGAGCAGCCACAACCAGCAGCAGCACUACCAUCACUAGUCCUUCUGUCUCAAGCCAAAAAGAAUGCAAGCGGCUUGAGGUAGCAGGCUUGGGCCAUUUAGUGGUGACCACACGUGCUGGUUGCAUUAUGAUUUUGGACCUGUCUACAUUGGAGGUCCUUGCAAAGGUGGAGCCACCUAAAAAGGAGGGGUUAACAGAAGAAACAGACCCCUUUGUCUCGGUUACCUAUUGUUCUGGGACUGACCGCCUUUGUGCGUGCACCAAAGGUGGAGAACUUCAUUUCCUUCAAAUUGGAGGUGUUUGUGAUGAUGUAGAUGACGGAGACAUGUUUCUUGAUGGCCCCCUUUCUAAAGGGGCUGAUCUGCUGCUUGAGGGGGCAAAGCCCUCAUCUAACCCUUCUAGCCCUGGGAUCACAGGAGUGGACCUCCUAGUGGACCAAUUGCUGACCACAGACAGCCUGAUGUCACUGGUCGAGCUGACACGGUUCGAGACAUUAACGCCACGCUUCUCUGCCACAGUGCCUCCAUGCUGGGUGGAGGUGCAGCAAGAGCAGCAGCAGCGACGCCACCCUCAGCACCUACACCAGCAGCAUCAUGGAGAUGCAGCCCAACACACCCGCACUUGGAAACUUCAGAGUGACAGCUCUAGCUGGGACGAACAUGUCUUUGAGCUUGUGCUGCCUAAGGCCUGCAUGGUGGGACAUGUGGACUUCAAAUUUGUCCUAAAUGCCAACAUUGUCAACAUUCCGCAGAUCCAGGUUACUUUGCUGAAGAAUAAAGCACACGGUUUGGGAAAAGUUACCGAGACGGCAGUUGAUCGACAGAUUUCCUUCCCCCUCUCCAAUGUUCUCCAUGCCAAUGGUGAGAGAAAUGGUCAGCCUCUCCUGCAUGACUUUGCAGAGGACAUUCAGUUCAUGGACAUAGAGGAGACAUCAGGUUCAGUGCUUUGUCCAUUCCUUGAGGACCAUAAGGAGGAUAUCUUAUGUGGUCCAGUGUGGCUGGCCAGUGGGCUGGAUCUCUCUGGCCAUGCUGGUAUGCUUAGCCUCACCAGCCCUAAGCUAGUCAAAGGGAUGGCAGGCGGGAAGUACCGGUCCUUCCUGGUUCACAUCAAAGCAAUGAGUGACAAGAGCUUGGAAGAGAGUUCCAGGCCUGUGGUCCGAAUGCCUUGUGCCAAGCCUCAGGGCCUUAAAUCGCACUCGCUGUCCACCCUACUGCAUCGAGCACAGGCCUCCAAGGAGAAGGUCUCUGCAGGAAAGACUGAAACUCCAGCACCCUCAAAGAAAGUAGAAAAUCUACGUGGGUGUGACUUAUUACAGGAAGUGUCCGUCACAAUUAGAAGGUUCAAGAAGACAUCGAUACCCAAAGAAAGGGUUCAGCGCUGUGCUAUACUACAGUUUCCAGAUUUCCAUGAGAAGCUGCUGGAUGCGUUGUGUCGGCAGACAGAGGGCAGCCCAAGCAGUGAGCACGCCCAAAGCCUGAUCCUUGAUAUUUUGUGCUGGCUCGCUGGGGUUUUCUCUAAUGGACCCUGCAGUAUAAAAGAAGGAAAGGAGGGCUUGCUGAUGAAAACACGAUCCAGGAUAACAGACAUUGUGCGGAUGUGUUUCUUCGAGGCCGGCCGAAGCAUAGCCCACAAAUGUGCACGUUUUCUUGCACUUUGUAUAAGCAAUGGCAAAGGGGAACCCAGUCAACAAGGUUUUGGUGUGUGUCUCUUGAAAGCUCUGCUGGACAAUAUGCCUUACUUGCCUGCAGCAGCAACAGGAGGAUCAGUGUUCUGGUACUUUGUUUUACUGAACUAUGUGAAGGACGAGGACCUGGCAGGAUGCAGCACUGCUUGUGCGUCUCUGCUCACUGCCAUUUCUCGACAGCUGCAGGACCGCCUCACUCCACUGGAGGCACUGCUGCAGACCAGGUAUGGCCUGUACAGUUCUCCUUUUGACCCGGUGCUGUUUGAUCUGGAGGUCAGUGGCUCUUCCUGUAAGAAUGCCUUCAACAGUAGCAUUGGAGUCCAGUCAGACGAGAUUGACCUCUCUGAUAUUCUCUCAGGGAAUGGAAAAGUGAGUAGUUGUGCAGCAGCAGAGGGCAGCUUCACUGCAUUAACAGGGCUCUUGGAGGUGGAACCUUUGCACUUUACUUGUAUUUCCACGAGUGAUGGAACACGUGUGGAACGUGACGAUGCCAGCAUAUUCACCGUUAGCACAUUUGGUGUGGGCCAAGCAGUGGGUGGCCUUUCCACAGGACCAGUAGGUGAAGCUUCUACAGCAUUGAGUUCUGCAGCUCAGGUGGCGCUACAAUCAUUGUCACACGCCAUGGUGUCAGCAGAACAACAACUCCAGGUCCUGCAGGAGAAACAACAGCAGCUACUGAAGCUACAGCAACAGAAGGCCAAACUGGAGGCCAAACUCCAUCAGACCACCUCUGCAGCAGCAGCUGCAGCCUCCAGUGUUGGUCCCAUCCACAACUCUGUGCCUUCCAACCCUUCCUCAGCCCCCGGCUUUUUUAUUCACCCUUCGGAUGUUAUCCCCCCAACACCUAAAACCACACCCCUCUUCAUGACCCCUCCUCUCACGCCUCCCAAUGAAGCAGUGUCGGCGGCCUUCAGCGCUGAGCUGGCUCAUCUCUUUCCUGGCUCCAUGAUGGAUCCAGGGCCGGUCAAUCUGGCUGCACAUAAAAACACUCAGAAAGCUAAGCAGAACACCAUGGGCAGUGGUCUAGCUUUGGCAAUUUCCCAGGCAUCUCACUUCCUGCAGCCUCCUCCACACCAGUCCAUCAUCAUAGAGAGAAUGCACUCUGGAGCUCGUCGCUUUGUCACACUGGAUUUUGGGCGUCCUGUGCUGCUGACUGAUGCCCUGAUCCCAACAUGUGGCGAGCUGGCCUCUUUGUCCAUAGAUAUCUGGACACUAGGUGAAGAAGUCGAUGGCCGCAGGCUGGUAGUGGCUACUGACAUCAGCACCCAUUCCCUCAUUUUGCAUGACCUGCUGCCGCCGCCUGUCUGCAGGUUUAUGAAGAUUACAGUGAUUGGGCGCUAUGGCAGCACCAAUGCUCGGGCAAAGAUCCCACUGGGUUUCUAUUAUGGACACACAUACAUUUUGCCAUGGGAGAGUGAGCUGAAGCUGAUGCAUGAUCCAUUGCGUGGUGAGGGCGAGGCAGCUAGUCAGCCAGAUGUGGAUCAACACUUGACCAUGAUGGUAGCACUGCAAGAGGAUAUCCAGUGCAGGUACAAUCUGGCUUGCCAUCGGCUGGAGACAUUGCUGCAGAACAUCGAUCUUCCUCCACUUAACAGUGCUAACAAUGCCCAGUACUUCUUGCGAAAGCCAGACAAGGUGGUGGAGGAAGACCAGCGUGUUUUCUCAGCUUACCAGGACUGUAUCCAGCUGCAACUGCAGUUGAACCUAGCUCAUCACGCUGUUCAGCGAUUGCGUGUGUCUCUUGGUGCCAGCCGCAAGCAGCUACUGACAGGUGGAGCUCCAGAAGCCCAAGAGCUUGUCCAGAAUUCUUCCACAGAGCAACUGAGGACCAUAAUCCGCUACCUGCUCGACACGCUGCUCAGCCUUCUGCACUCCAACAAUGGUCAUUCUGUACCUUCAGUGCUCCAGAGUACCUUCCAUGCUCAGGCUUGCGAAGAGCUCUUCAAGCACCUUUGUAUCAGCGGCACACCUAAAAUCCGUUUGCACACGGGCCUGUUGUUAGUGCAGCUAUGUGGAGGUGAGAGGUGGUGGGGUCAGUUCCUUUCCAACGUACUGCAGGAACUCUACAACUCUGAACAGCUGCUGAUCUUCCCCCAGGACAGGGUCUUCAUGCUCCUGUCCUGCAUUGGCCAAAGAUCCCUAAGCAACAGUGGUGUGUUGGAAGGACUUCUUAAUCUCUUAGACAGCCUGCUGUCCCCGCUCCAGCAACCUCUUCCUGCUGCUCAGAGAAGGACUGAAGGUGUUUUGGACAUUCCUAUGAUCAGCUGGGUUGUGAUGUUAGUUUCCAGACUGUUGGACUAUGUCGCCAGUAUUGAAGACGAGGCAGGUGGGAAGAAACAUCUUAGUGGCAAGGAUCGAGAGAGAAGCUCCUCAGGAAUUCAGUGGAGCUUUAUCAAUAACAGCCUUCAGUCUCAGAACUCCAGUAGAUCUGCUAAAAGCAACACCAGCCUUGACAGAUUAUACUCACGCAAGAUUCGCAAGCAACUUGUCCAUCACAAACAGCAGUUAAAUCUAUUGAAAGCAAAACAAAAAGCUUUGGUGGAGCAAAUCGAGAAGGAAAAGAUCCAGAGCAACAAAGGCUCCUCAUACAAACUGCUAGUGGAACAGGCCAAGCUCAAGCAAGCCACAUCCAAGCACUUUAAAGAUCUGAUCCGCCUACGACGAACAGCUGAAUGGCCUCGCACCACUUUGGACACAGAGUCCACCACAGCCAAAGAAGCCCCAGAAAUUGAGCCGCUUCCUUUUACACUGGCACAUGAACACUGCAUAUCUGUGGUCCAGAAGCUGGCCCUUUUCCUGCUUUCAAUGGACUUCACCUGUCACGCUGACCUCUUGCUGUUUGUCUGCAAGGUCCUGGCCAGGAUAGCCAAUGCCACAAGACCCACAAUCCAUCUGUGUGAGGUGGUGUCUGAGCAGCAGCUGGAGCGCCUACUACUCCUGUUAGUGGGGACAGACUUUAACAGGGGAGACAUAUCUUGGGGUGGUGCCUGGGCACAGUACUCUCUCACAUGUAUGUUACAAGACAUUCUGGCAGGUGAACUGCUGUCACCAGUCUCUCUGGAUGCCAUGGAUGAAGUAGCAGCAGUUGAGGAGGCCGGGGCGUCGUCCUCUUCAGUGGGGGCAGAUUUGGAAGACUCCCUACCACAGCCGGCACCUAUUCCUUUAGUGGAGAGCAUUGAUGAGGCCCUUGUGCCUGAUAUCAUCACAGGUACCCCACCUCUGUCAUCUUUGGAAAAAGAUAAAGAAAUAGACUUUGAUUUACUCCAAGACCUGAUGGAUGUUGAUCCUUUAGAUAUUGAUUUAGAGAAAGAUCCACUUGCUGCCAAAGUAUUUAAGCCUAUAAGCAGUACAUGGUAUGACUACUGGGGUGCUGAUUAUGGUACAUAUGGGUGCAAUCCAUACAUUGGGGGUGUCGGUAUCCCGGUGGCCAAACCUCCAGUUGCUGUUGAAAAACCUGGGUCACAGGGUCUUUCAGUCUCUGUGUCACAAGCACUGGAUGCCCGCCUUGAAGUCGGCCUAGAGCAGCAAGCUGAACUAAUGCUCAAAAUGAUGGCAACACUGCAAGCUGACUCCAUUCUACAGGCCCUAACAUCAAGCUCCUCCACAGUGCCCCAGGCCUCUAAUGGGACUGAUGACUCUCUUUUGAGGGCUCUGCAUGGAGGAGGGUUGCCUCCGGCCAGCAGUGUGAUGGUCCAGCCCUCGUCCAUCUUUAUGCUGAGUGCCUGCUUCAAUAAGCUCUUCUCCAUGCUUCAGGUCUAUCAUGUACAGCUGGAGUCUCUGUUGCAGCUGUGGUUAACACUGAGCCUGAACACAACUUCCGGUGGUAGUGAAGAGAAUGGGUCAGACAUAUUCAUGUUCAAUGCAGGCAGAGUUCCCACUAUCCCACUAAAUCAAGCAUCCAUCAGCAGUUUCUUAACAGUGCUGGCAUGGUACCCAAACACAUCCCUGAGGACAUGGUGUCUGGUGCUUCACUCUCUGACCCUGAUGACCAACAUGCCAGCCUGUGGAUCUGGCAAUGGGAUGCACUCUCAGGAAAGCACAGCACAGCAAAUGGUAUCUGAUCCCAACCUCAUUCACGUCCUGGUGCGCUUCCUAUCGGGCAGCAACACCAAUGGGACCAGCCAACACAGCUCUCAGGUGGGACCCACAGCCACCCAAGCUCUGCACGAGUUUUUGAGCCGCCUGCAGGUCCACCUGUCCUCCACCUGUCCACAGAUGUUCAGCGAGUUCCUGCUCAAACUUAUGCAUAUAUUGUCUUCUGAGAGGGGUCCAUUCCAGUCAGGUCAGGGUCCACUGGAUGCCCAGGUGAAACUGCUGGAGUUUACGCUGGAGCAAAAUUAUGAAGUGGUGUCCGUUGCCACCAUCUCCUCUGUCAUUGAAUCCAUCACAUUCCUGGUUCAUCACUACAUCACCUGCUCAGACAAAGUGGUUUCUCGCAGUGGCUCAGACAGCUCUGUGGGUGCCCGGGCCUGUUUUGGUGGUCUGUUUGCUAAUAUCAUUCGGCCAGGAGAUGCAAAGGCAGUCUGUGGUGAGACCACACGUGAUCAGCUGAUGUUUGAUUUACUGAAGCUGGUCAACGUGCUGGUCCAGCUCCCUCUGUCAGGGGACAGAGAGUUCAGUGGGCGCCUUCCACCAGCGGGCAGUGGCACAGCGGACAGCAGCGUAUCGGAUGAGGAGAAGGUCUGUGGAAGCAAAGAGAGCAUGGCUGGUGGGUCCCCAUCCAGCCAGGGCCCACCGACAGGUGUGAGUGACUUGGUCCUGGCCAAUCAGCAGAUAAUGAGCCAGAUCUUAUCAGCACUGGGCCAGUGUAACAGCAGUGCCAUGGCCAUGAUCAUAGGAGCCAGCGGUCUCCACCUGACCAAACAUGAAAACUUCCAUGGAGGUCUGGAUGCCAUCUCAGUAGGUGACGGACUUUUCACCAUCCUCACAACCCUCAGCAAGAGGGCCACCUCAGUUCAGGUCAUGUUACAGCCCAUCCUCACAUAUAUGGCCUGUGGCUACAUGGGCAGACAGGGGUCUCUGUCCACCUGUCAACUGUCUGAGCCUCUUCUGUGGUUCAUACUCCGAGUGUUGGAUACCAGCGAGGCCCUCAAAGUUUUCCACGACAUGGGUGGGGUGCAGUUGAUCUGUAACAACAUGGUGACCAGCACCCGGGCCAUCGUAAAUACGGCACGCAGCAUGGUGUCCACCAUCAUGAAGUUCUUGGAUUCAGGUCUUGGAAAGGCAACAGAUGGUAACCUCAAAGCCCGGGUGAUGACCUCAGAGCCAGAUAAUGCAGAAGGACUCCACAACUUUGCCCCAUUAGGCACCAUCACAUCCAGCAGCCCCACAGCACAGCCAGCAGAGGUCCUGCUCCAGGCUACACCGCCCCACCGCCGUGCCCGCUCAGCAGCCUGGUCCUAUAUAUUUCUGCCUGAGGAGGCCUGGUGUGAUCUCACCAUCCAUCUUCCUGCUGCUGUUUUGCUAAAGGAGGUCCACAUCCAACCACAUCUUGCUUCUUUGGCUACAUGCCCAUCCUCUGUCUCUGUGGAGAUCAGUGCUGAUGGGGUCAACAUGUUGCCGCUUUCCACCCCAGUCAUCACCAGCGGUCUGACAUACAUAAAGAUCCAGUUGGUGAAGGCAGAGGUUGCAUCAGCGAUCUGUCUGAGACUGCACCGGCCUCGUGACGCCAGUACUCUGGGCCUUUCUCAGAUCAAACUGUUAGGAUUGACUGCAUUCGGUAAUACCUCUUCUGCAACUGUUAACAACCCCUUCCUGCCUUCUGAGGAUCAAGUUUCUAAAACCAGCAUCGGAUGGCUACGUCUGCUUCACCAUUGUUUAACCCAUGUGAGUGAGUUGGAGGCCAUGAUGGCCAGUGCUGCAGCACCCACUGCUAACCUACUGCAGACCUGUGCAGCGCUGCUCAUGUCACCUUACUGUGGAAUGCACUCGCCUAAUAUCGAGGCUGUGUUGGUCAAGAUUGGCUUGCAGUCUACACGCAUCGGACUGAAACUCAUUGACAUUUUGCUGAGGAACUGUGCGGCCUCAGGCACCGACCCUGCAAAUUUAAAUAGUCCCCUGCUGUUUGGACGAUUAAAUGGCCUUUCCUCAGAUUCCACCAUUGAUAUUCUGUACCAGCUGGGCACUACACAGGACCCUGGGACCAAAGACAGGAUCCAGGCUCUUCUCCAGUGGGUCCAUGAUUCUUCACGGGUUGCUGCCCACAAGCUGAGCAGUCCCAUUGGCUUCAAUUGCAACAGUGAUGGCUCCUACUCUGCUUCGUUGCGGGAGUAUGGGCUCCUUAUGCCUUCACCUUCCCACCUCCACUGUGUAGCAGCCAUCUUGUGGCACAGCUAUGAGCUCCCCGUUGAUUACGACCUCCCUGCAUUGCUCAGCACAGAGCUGUUUGAGCUGCUGUAUAACUGGUCCAUGUCAUUGCCCUGUAACAUCGUGUUGAAGAAGGCAGUCGACAGCCUGCUGUGCUCCAUGUGCCACAUACAUCCGAGCUAUUUCUCUCUUCUAAUGUCCUGGAUGGGAAUCAUUUCAGCCCCCAGCGCCAACCACUCUCAAGCACAGCAUCGCCGCCUUGCUAUGACUGACGAUGGCAAAAAGCAACACGAUGCCAACACCACUGCUGCUAGUCUUACGGAUGACUCAAAGCAUGCAAGACCCCCCAUUAAUCUGACAGAGUCACAGCUGACGACACUUGCUGCUGCUUCGCAGUCAACAGGGGCCAUUGAGCAGCUUUUAGACUCUGGCUUACCCUCCCUGCUGGUUCGCAGUUUAGCCCAAUUCUGCGUCGGUCUUCUGGCUAGCGCUGACCUGCCGCUACCUGCUGCACACGCUGAGCGACGUCACCACCAUCACCAGUAUCACUCACCCUCUUCCUCCUCACACAUUCGGCCUCCGCUGGCUGCGGAGCUGGCGGCUCCCGUGCUGCGCUUCCUAACAGAAGUAGGCAACAGUCAUGCCAUGAAAGACUGGUUAGGUGGGCCGGAGGUCAACCCGCUCUGGACAGCACUUCUUUUCCUGCUGUGCCACUCCAGUGCCAGUGCUGCUGCCAGUGCAGGUUGUCAGCCUUUGGGGCCUGUUUCUGCCGGAUGUCCCCCUCCAUCCAGUCCUCAGCCAUCAGGUUCACGGUUCUCACUUGCAUCUUCUGGGCACACGGGAGGCCUCACCACGCAGCAGAGGACAGCUCUGGAGAACGCCACUGUGGCCUUCUUUCUCCAGUGUAUUUCCUGUCACCCCAACAACCAGCGACUCAUGGCACAGGUUCUCUGUGAGCUGUUCCAGUCUGCACCCCAGCAAAGCAAUGUGCCGAUCUCUGGAAACAUCUCAGGUUUCAUUCGCAGGCUUUUCCUGCAGCUCAUGCUGGAGGAUGAGAAAGUCACAGUCUUCCUCCAGUCUCCUUGUCCACUAUACAAAGGUCGCAUCAAUGCCACCAGCCAUAUGAUUCAGCAUCCCAUGUACGGAGCAGGUCACAAGUACAGAACACUGCAUCUGCCGAUAUCCACCACGCUGGCUGAGGUCCUGGACCGUGUAUCUGAUACUCCAAGUAUUACAGCCAAGCUAAUCAAUGAGCAGAAAGAAGACAAGGAGAAAAAGAAUCAUGAGGAGAAAGAGAAGAUGAAAGCUGAGAGUGGCUUUCAGGACAACUACAGUGUGGUUGUAGCAUCAGGCUUAAAGUCCCAAUCUAAGCGAGCACUUUCAACCCCUCCUCGUCCCCCUUCAAGAAGAGGUCGUGUGAUGAGCGACAAGUUGACUGCUUCUUCUGGACUGGAUCCUUCUGCCAAAACCAUCAGCGUGCCUGUCUUCCACCUCUACCACAAGUUGCUACCAGGUCAGCCCCUCCCAUCAGAGAUGACGCUGGCUCAGCUGCUGACACUCCUGUAUGACCGCAAGAUGCCACAGGGCUACCAGUCCAUCAACCUCACAGUCAAACUGGGUUCCAAGGUCAUCUCUGACCCCGGGCUUUCUAAGACUGACUCUUUCAAGAGACUACGGACUGAGAAAGUGGAUCACUGUGACAUGCUCAGCAGCUGCCCUGAGGAUGAACCUAUGAUGCCCACUGAGGAAUGUCUUGAUGCUGCUACUGAUGAGUCCCUGCUUGACACCAACCCCAUUCAGUCGCCGCUGCAGGUGUUUGCUGGCAUGGGUGGCCUGGCCCUCAUUGCAGAGCGGCUGCCAAUGCUGUACCCUGAUGUCAUUCAGCAGGUCAGUGCCCCGGUGGUGCCCUCUGCCACCCAGGAGAAGCCCAAGGACAGUGACCAGUUUGAGUGGGUAACCAUCGAGCAGUCUGGUGAGCUUGUGUAUGAGGCACCGGAGUCCAUUGCUGCAGAGCCACCGCCAAUCAACAAGCAGCAGUCCCAGUCAUCAUCGUCAACCUCAGUACAGACUAUGUCACCAAUCCCUGCUCAUUCAUUGGCAGCUUUUGGAUUAUUCCUACGCUUGCCAGGCUAUGCAGAAGUGCUGUUGAAAGAGAGGAAACACGCCCAGUGUCUGCUCCGCCUAGUGCUAGGUGUCACAGAUGAUGGAGAAGGCAGUCACAUCCUGCAGUCUCCAUCGGCAAAUGUGUUGCCCACGCUGCCUUUCCAUGUCUUGCGAGCAUUGUUCAGUAGCACUCCUCUGACCACUGAUGACGGUGUGUUGCUGCGCCGUAUGGCACUUGAGAUCGGUGCUAUCCACCUAAUUUUGGCCUGCUUGUCUGCUCUCAGCCAUCACGCCCCUCGCAACCCCAACGCCAACACGAAUGUCUCUGAGCCACAGAUAUCCAGUUGUCAUGGUGGGGGGACCAGUGAAGAACAGCAGCUUUACUGGGCUAAAGGAACUGGCUUUGGUACUGGAUCCACUGCUUCUGGUUGGGAUGUGGAGCAGGCCCUGACCAAACAGCGGCUCGAAGAAGAACAUGUCACAUGUCUCCUACAGGUCUUGGCGAGUUAUAUCAACCCAGCAGGUGCUGAUGCCUCCUCAACAGACAGCAGAGGACACAACAGCUCAGCGCUGCCGGCUGUGCUGCAGGAGCUCCUGAGUCAGUCCUGCCUCAUCCCUGCCAUGUCCUCCUACUUACGCAAUGAUUCUGUCCUGGAUAUGGCACGCCAUGUUCCCCUAUAUCGGGCCCUGUUGGAGCUACUGAGGGCCAUUUCCACCUGCACUGCCUUGGUUCCUCUGCUGUUGCCUCUGUCUGGGGACCCAGGGCAGGAUGAGGAAGAGGAGGAUGACGAACAAGCUGAAGGACGGACAUCUGUUGGAAUGCUGCUAGCCAAAAUGAAGACAUGCGUCGACACAUACACAAAUCGUCUCAGGUCAAAGAAAGAUAAGAGUAAAGGUGUAGUGAAAACUGAAAACUCUGAUCCAGAGCCCGAGGGUUUGACUCUGCUGGUGCCCGACAUCCAGAGGACAGCUGAGAUAGUUUACGCUGCUACUACCAGCCUACGGCAGGCUAAUCAAGAGAGGAAACUGGUUGAGUGUUCCAGAAAGGCCUCAAGUCGACCCAAGCCGCUUUCCAUCCUACGCUCUUUGGAGGAAAAAUAUGUAGCUGCUAUGAAGAAGCUCCAGUUUGACACUUUUGAAAUGGUGUCAGAGGAUGAGGACGGCAAACUGAUGUUCAAGGUCAACUACCACUACAUGUCUCAGGUGAAAAAUGCCAGCGAUACAAACAGUGCAGCCAGAUCUCGUCGCCUUGCCCAGGAGGCUGUUACCCUUUCCACCUCUCUGCCCCUGUCAUCCUCUUCCAGCGUCUUUGUCCGCUGUGAUGAGGAGAGACUGGACAUCAUGAAGGUUCUCAUCACUGGCCCAGCAGACACCCCAUAUGCAAAUGGUUGCUUUGAGUUUGAUGUGUAUUUUCCCCAGGACUACCCAAACUCUCCUCCAUUGGUCAACCUGGAGACCACUGGUGGACACAGCGUACGCUUUAACCCUAACCUCUACAAUGAUGGCAAAGUAUGUUUAAGUAUACUUAACACAUGGCAUGGCAGACCAGAGGAAAAAUGGAACCCACAGACCUCAAGCUUUUUGCAGGUGCUAGUAUCAGUGCAGUCUCUCAUCCUGGUAGCUGAGCCGUACUUCAAUGAGCCAGGGUAUGAGCGCUCCCGCGGGACUCCCAGUGGCACCCAGAGCUCCCGCGAAUAUGAUGGCAACAUCCGGCAAGCCACUGUCAAAUGGGCCAUGCUUGAGCAGAUGCGCAACCCCUCACCCUGCUUCAAAGAGGUGAUCCACAAACAUUUCUACUUGAAGCGAACAGAAAUCAUGUCACAGUGUGAGGAGUGGAUUGCAGACAUCCAGCAAUACAGCAGCGAUAAGAGGGUUGGCCGCACCAUGUCCCAUCAUGCUGCUGCACUGAAGAGACACACGGCUCAGCUCAGAGAGGAACUCCUGAAGCUGCCUUGCCCCGAGGGCCUAGAUCCUGACAGCGAUGAGUUCUCCGAGAAGAGCGCCGCCCUCAUCCUGAAAGAGUUGCCCAAUCAGGACCCAGAGAAGCCCGGCAGCAGUCAUGAGGAACACUGUAGCGAUGGCCAGCUAUGAGUACCAGUCACCGUCACCCCCCCCCCCCCCAACCCGACUCAGCAGCUCCAGUUUUCCUUCCUCCUCAUCAUCGUGAUUAUUUCCUUAUUGAAAGCAGACUUGAUGGCUUCCCAGCACAAGCCAGCAUUGUUUUUGUUUUUUUCAUCUGGAAAAAUCUAAUAAAAAAAAUUCCAUGAGGAACCAAGGAAACGACCCCAAGGAAACAUGAUGAAACUGAGAAAACUCUGAACUAUGCUUUGCCCUUGCUGAAAACAGUCAACAAAAACUUUUAUUUACCUGUAAAAGAGUGUAAACAUUUUGUGCUUUUUUCCAAUUGUUAAAUAACCACUGAUUGGUAUGUUAUUAAACUUGUUUAUGUAUACACGAUGGCAGAGGAAAUUACAGAUUAUAUAAGGGAAACUACCUUUAGAGAAGAAUGUUUACUGAAUGUUUUUCUUUGUUUUUCAUGUUGACUGUUAGCGCGAGAACAGUUAUAAUUAAGGAUAUAGUGGUCAUUCUUGAUGGAUACUAUUUAAAAACAAAACAAAGAUCCAACACACAUAACCGAAUCUGAGAGCAGCGCCCUGCGGUCAUGCAUAGACGAGUGCUUCAACCGAUUUCUAUACGAUCAUAUACACUUAAGUAAAAGUGGACAUCAUUUAAUACAAUGUUUUCCCGUGUCCGGGUUGAAACAUGAUUAAAGCCGUGCUGUCAGGCUCUCAGUCACUGACAGCUGCAGACAUGACGCCUUUUCUUUGCCUUGGUAAAAACAUUGACUGUAGAUCAUAAGCGUGGUGGGACUGUCGGAUACUUGUGAGAAAUGUAGUUGAAGGUUUGUGCAUGUGUGUUUUAUGUGCGUGUGCAACAAUCCCUUGAGAUACAAAGCUGUGAUGUGCCUUUGAUCUACACCACACCACCAAAAUGCUCUAAACAAGUAUGUUUCUGGAUUUAUUUGCUCUUUCUACAAAUGAAUAAUUCUGCUCCCUCUGACAAACUACUUUGGUUGCUUUUUUUUUUUUUUUUACAUUUCUCCCCCAGUGAACAAAAAUGCACUUUCUAUUUUACUCACUCCUAGAACAGUCAUAUAUUCCUUUUGCUAGGACAUUAAAAAUGGAGCUUGAAAAUA